CCUGUGUAGCCUAGUUAUGCUAAUAUAUUUGAGACCAGUGGUUUGAAAUUAAUUUCGUCUUUGACUUUAUAAGUAAAAUAUAUUUGAGUUCGCAAUAGAUUAUACCAGAGGGAUGCAUCGUUUUACUAGGAUACCUCAAUUAUUGGGAUCUUCUUCUUACCACAAGUGUUUGGAAUACAUUGAGCUCGUUGACGAAGUAGACCAUGGGACGCCUUUUUACACGGAGAUGUAAACUAUGCGAUUAUAUUGGAGACUGAGAAUAGAACAUGCCUGCGUGUGGCGGUGUUUACUGCAAUUUUCUGGAUUAUCUUCUAAUCAGAACAAAUUAUUUUACUCAACUAGAGAUUUAAAUAAAUGUUUUUUCAUUAAAAGAUGGGCCCUGCUGACAUGGACUGUUUCCUCAUCGUAUUCACCUUGUGUUAUCAAUGGCUGUUGGUUAUUUACCUAGUAACAAAAAGUGGAAACUAAACAAGUAGUGAAGCAAUAGACUCCUUAUUUUACUGAACUAGAGAUUGUGUCUUUGAAAAGACACAUUAAGGGGAAAGGAUCCAUAAACACAUAGGAUGCUUAUCUUUAUGCACAUCUCCUUAUUUAAAAUGCUGCCUGCCACGAUUUACACACACGCAGGACGAUGAAUUCUACCUGAAUUGACUCAGAAAAGUAACAUAACAUAAGUAGGUCUACAGUACCAAUGCGAGGUCAAACUGGUGUGUGUGUCACAAGCUAGCGUCCGCCGAACCGAUGGGAAAAGUGUUCCGUUGCUAUGUUUCGUUCUACCUUUAUAAGAUAAAAAAUACAUAUUUAUACUCUGAAUUAUACGUUGAAACAUACAGAUUAUGAAAGCAAAUAGAUUGUUUUGUUAAAACCAGAUGAAACCAAACCGUGAAAAAUCAAAAUGUUGACAACCACCAUAUGGAAAUUAGCCAUAGCGACUUCCGACUGAUUAUGAUAGAGUGCGUCACAUAUGUUAAUGUUCAUUUACAAAAUAGAUGACCAACUACACUUGUGUUAUAACUAAAUCCAUCAGUGAAAUUAUGAUAUUCUCAUAAUGUAAUGUUGUACAGUACAGUAGCCAGACAAACGAUAGACGGUUUAUUGUGCGUCACAUCCGGUGGAAUAUUCUAGCGGAUUCUUCUGUUGGACUUUAAAAGCAGGCGCGCAGAGACGCAGACUGAGAUGCUUUUUUACAGGUGAACCACUGAAACGUUAUUGGGAUGCAACAAACAACCACUUUGUACACAUGAAGAAGUAAUUAUUACAGAAGAGAUUCAUUUAAUACGAUUGCUUAGUUCCAUUGAAGCCGUGUCAAUCAUUUGCACUAUUUCAGCAUCAUCUUUAGGUCCUUCCAGCUGCUGUGCUGUGGGCAGACUGACGCAGAGAGAAUCAUGAUUCUGCUGACUCCGUCCUCUGGUAAGUGCUUAUUGCUGGAUGCCCCUGGACAAAUGUGCAUGACAUGGUUGUGAUUUUCUGUGUCAACACUAGAGCCAAGGUCUGGUAAGAAUCAUGCAAAACCGGUGUAGUUUAUUAUUAUAUAUAUAUUUUUUCACAACUCAGAUCAGUUUUUUUUCUUCUUGUACUUAUACUAGCUUAGAGUUAUAUAGCAAGUUGUCAACUAUUAAAUUGUAGAGUGGAUAAUACAUAUUUACUCAAAAUUAAAUCUAUAAUCAAAUGUUAAUGCAGGUUGUAUGUGAUUAGGUAGAAUGUAAUGCUACGAUAAUAUCUUGUUUUUGUUAUUAUUUUUCAUCAUUUUUGUAAUAUUAAAUUAAUAGGAAAUUAUUUCUCAGUUAAAGUGUGAGCAUGAUGUUUUUUUAAAUGUACAUAUUCCAUAAUUUCCCAGUUGUGAAAUUUGCCCCCCAUGCUCGUCUUAAUAGGCAGACAUCCUGGGCCUGUAUUCACAGAGCGUCUCAGAGUAGGUCCCCACUGUCUUAUUGCUUAUGAUCUAAAAGGCAAAACUGAUCCUAGAUCGGGACUUCUACUCUGAGACACUGUGACUAUAAGCCCUGAAAUCUAUAAACUUAAGUGUGAAUGUAUCUGGCUCUGGCUUGAUACUUGGUGGUAUUUAUCAGUGGUGAGACAGUAUUGACUGGCCGGAUUAGGGAUCAGACCUGACGUAUCCUUUCCAUUGAGUUAUGAAAAACAGGUUGACAAUUUUUUUAUUUUUCCAGAAGAGCUGCUAACUGGGUCAAUAUUUCAAUAUUUUUCUAUAUUUGUUGACAUUCUAGGCAAACAGACAAAGAUUAGUGGCAGAUACUGUAAAUGUAUCUGUUUAUUGAUUCACCAUAGUUUACUAUUUGGGGUUUUCUGGUUAGGUUGUCGAAAGCCAAGUAAUGUAAAAUGUAAAUCAGAAAUGAGAAGCAUGCUUGUCAAGUGAACUUCUUAAAAGUUGUUGUUGGCUUGUGCUAUGUCUCAUACACUGUUUUCUUUCAGAUGAAGAGUCUCUUGAACUCGACUGGCUUUGGAAUCACACGAAGUUCUGUGUGCAAAACAGAAUAGUAGGAACAUGACUUUAACCCUUUUUCACGUACAGACGUUAGUUUGUUAGACUUUUAGUUUUAAAAAGGGUUGCUAUGGUAACUUUUUAUUUAUGUUUAUUUUAUGUAGAGGUAUAUGGGUCUUUGUCGGCAGAGAAUAUUCUCUUGGCUACUUUUAUCACCUCGGCUUAUUAACUUCUGUGUGAAAUCCAAACUCCAUAGCGAAGCCACAGACACUCAAGAACAAAGAUCCUUUGUUUGCCUUCUUUGAAAACCCUCAGCAUUGCAAGGACAAAAACAGCCCUGGUCAUAGUGAAGUAUCUAGCGUCACUGGACCGUCCUGCUUUUUGAGUAAGAUAACCUAUCUAUGAUGCCUUUUAAUGCUUCAAGAUUCUGGCAUCAUUAAUUCAAUGAAAGUCCAAUUAAAUUGCCCUUACUCUUCGAUUACUUUAAUAACCAUAAUGGUGGAAUUACACAGUUACACUGAUAGGAACUUUGAUAUAACAAUACUUGGCUUUCACAUAACAAAUGUAUAAGGAAAUGAUGUAAUUACUAUGACAUUUCCACAAAAUACAAACUAUGGAAGAAAGAAAAUUAAAAAAAAACAGAACAAGCAAACUGCCAUUGGCACUUUUUAAAAGCUACCCCAUCCAUGUGAAUGUUGCUGUCAUGUCCUUUGUCAUUGUUCCAGGUCACUGUUUUGCCAGUCAACUAGCCUAAUGAAUCAACAGCCCAGUAGACUCAUUAUCUCAGGGUUGCACUAUAGUACUAUGUGUGGACAGUCCAUUACAAUAGUAUAGUACCAUGUGUGGACAGUCACUUACUCUCUCCCCACCAGCCCGUCUCAGCUAUACAUGCACUAUAUAUUUGCUGAAUAAGUAUUCUGUGUGGCAAUGACUAUGAGAAUAUUAACACUACCAAAUGAUGGUUACUGUACAUACUGUGCCAGCCCCUUUUCUGAAAAGUGGAUUAGUCUAUCGAAUGGUGGGUCUCCAAUAAACUUACAUACUUCUUGGUAAGUGCUACUACUUUUUAUUAGCUACAUGAAUCAAUCUUGCAUAGGUUUGUAAAUAAUGUACAAUUUGUAUAUAAAAAAUGAAGUUUCUUUGCAAAUGUUCAUUCUUUGAUAACAAAUACAUUAUUUAAUACUGUGUAACAACUAUACUUUUUUUUUUGAAGCACAACCUAAACCACUUGUGAAUUUUAUUUAGGUUCUCGCCUAUACUUGAAAUCUGCUGGUUACUAGUACUACUGUAGGUUGGAUGCUGCACAGUAGGUUGGGUGCAUGAGGUUUCUUCCAGCGUACCAAUAAGCUCUUUCUAAGCGAGCAGGCCACGGGUGUCCAGCUCAAGGAGUUUGUACGCAAAAAUGCAGCCAAUGCUCUGUCUAUGGCCAACAUGCUCAUGGGCAUGGCCUCUAUUCUCUGCAGCCUGAACGGCCACCAACAUGCAGCCUGCUGGCUGGUCCUGAUUGGCUACCUGCUGGAUUUGGCAGAUGGGGCAGUUGCCAGGCGACUUGAUGCAUGCUCACCACUCGGUGCUAAACUGGAUGAUUUUGCAGAUUUCACAACCUUUGGGAUUGCAACAUCAUUGCUCCUGAGGACACAUGCCUUAAUGGACAACAUCCUGUGCAUGUGCUACGUCCUGUCUGUGUUUGUCCGCCUCUGCUUCUUCUCCAGCGGCAUCCCCUUCAUGUACCGUGGCCUGCCAUGUAUCUACUCUUCUGCCAUCCUGGCCUGUCUCUCCCUGUUGACCGGAGGUAACAUGGUGAUCCUGCGGGUCACUGCUGUGGCCAUGAUCCUCUUCAUGGUCAACCAGGGCUUCUACCCUCACGACAGGGUCCUGGAGUCACAGGCCUGGAAGAAGGUGGUCUACGCUGGAGAGCGCCUCAGAGACUUUACUGGAAGCCUAUGGCAGGAGCGGAUGAUCUCUGUCCACCACCAUCUAGCACAACCCGUAGAACCUUCCACUAAGUGUGCUGCAUCCAGGAGCCAGUAUUGUUUCUGUGUGCAACAAAGAGAACCCUCUGAAUCAGAACUCGAGAUGCUUAAACAAUUCUUCAAAAAAUGGAUGUUUGGUCCUGUGAAGUCUAUUGGAAUGUUGAUACCAGGGGCGUCAUUUGUAAAGGUGAGUAUGUAUAAAAAACAUCUACCCCAAAAUGUGCAUGCACCAGUUUUCCCACUUUUAAAACUGAACUUGAUGUGAGUGUCUUUAGACCAUGAGUACGCAUAUCUUCUAGUGGUUGUACUAUUGUAUUGCAAGUAGAACUAAGUAUUUUUAUUUUUUUGCAAACGGGGGAUAUUAUGACGCUUAUUCAUAAUCACAAGAUGCAGCCAUUUGCCGUUAGUGAGAAGAGCAAAAAUAUUUUCUUUAAAUCUCAAAUAAUUAGAUUUAGGAAUCUAUUUACUAUUAUUUUAUUUUUCAUGACAAUUGCAGAAUAAAUUCCUCACCUUUUCCUCACCUAGCAAUGAUUGGUUCAUAUUCCCAGAGUAGCCAUGAAAACAAAUUACUAUGUGUAUCUCUCAUUUAAUUGAGCCUAUGUAAGUAGGUUAUGUUUUUCAGGUUUCUCUGUAUGUGAUCCCACAGGCAGCGCUGUUUUAUUGCCUACAGACUCAUUUACCAGGUGAACCUCGAGACAGUUGAUAUUUUUUUUAUUACUUGGAAGUAGGCCUAUGUAUGCUACUGCAGUAUGUCAUUUCAAUAUGUUUUGAGUAGCUCAGACAAUGUUUCCGAAUUGGAAAUCAAACAUUAUGCAGACAGAUCCACAAUAAUUUUCCAUUGUUUUUCUCGUUCAGAAACUCAGUCCUUUUCUAUGUACAGCAUACAUUCUACCAACCUUGUAAAUAGACGGUAGAUUAUAUCAAAUAUUUGACACUGAGUCAGCUACAGUAUUGCUGUGUGACAGAAGCAAGACAGUCCAAGCCUUUUUAAUCUCAGAACCUAUACCAAGGCAGGACAUGGAAACAUAACAUAAUCCAUUGAUAAACAUAAUAUUGAGCAACAAUUCAUCCUUUGCAUAAAGGUGUGGGUUGUAGCCUACUUCUAAAUUGUUGCCAAAUAUACAAUAAAUCAAACAGAAUGUGCGGACAGGCAUUUGGUAUAGGCAGCCAGGGAUGGGUAUAAAUGACAAAAUACCCUGAAGACCAAUGUAACAAAAUAAAAUGUAAAAUGUACUUUUGCAAGUAGCCAGCAGAACAGCAACAACAUUUUCUGUCAAGGUUACAUAAACGUCUUGCUAUGACUGUGAUAUGUUGUUGUUGAUCUACCUUAGUUGAAUGCACUGUCACUCUGGAUAAGAGCUUCUGCUAAAUUACCAAAAUGUAUAUGUGAAAAUGAACAACUGCAAAGCACACUGGGUAUUGUCAUUGGGCUUGUUGUGGGGCAGUGCUCAUAAGAGUAAUACUCAGCAUGCUUUGCAAUGGUAGAUUUUCUUACAUUUAGAUGUGGUUGAUUUAAUAGCCGCUCUUACCACACCUUUGUGCCAUCUGACUUGAUACCAAUUUAGGGUGGAAGGGGGCCACAAAAUUGGGAACCGCUAUAAAGAAAUGGUAUAGAAAAAGUAUUUUGAAAUUACAGCUUUCGAAAGGAUCUUGUUACAAAAUACAUUGGAGUGUAUUUCAGCCCAGUGUAAUACAAAAUACAUUGGAGUGUAUUUCAGCCCAGUGUAAUACAAAAUACAUUGGAGUGUAUUUCAGCCCAGUGUAAUACAAAAUACAUUGGAGUGUAUUUCAGCCCAGUGUAAUACAAAAUACAUUGGAGUGUAUUUCAGCCCAGUGUAACACAAAAUACAUUGGAGUGUAUUUCAGCCCAGUGUAAUACAAAACACUCAGAAGUAAUUCAAAUACAUGUAACAGAAAUACUGCCCAUCUCUAUAGGCAACAUGCGUUUUUAAUUUGAAAAAGUUACUGCAAAAUAUUGUGCCCACGCCUCUACAGAAAUGUGAUCAAAUAUGCUAUUGUUAAUUUACAAACUGUUGUGACCUAAUUCCAAUAGUAUCAAAUUAUACACCAUAAAAGGUGGAGGGCGGAGUUUGAAGGUGGAGUUUGAUGCUUGUUCACAUAUUCACAGUUUUACGACAGGUAAACACGGGGAAAAUGCAUUUAUGGCUUGCACCAAGUUUAUAGAUCUUUUUUUUUUUUUUGACGUACAUUUUCUUUUCUGAAAUGGCACACGCAGAUAUUUAGUACGACAUUUACACAAUGGUUAUAAAUAAGUACAUACUUAUUUUCCACCAUAAUUUUUAAUGAAUUUAUUUGCAAAUCUUUUUCCUCAUUUUGUCUGUC